UCAAAACGGCUAGUUUUCUGGUCUCAGCAGUUGUAAGUUAGACCGCUUACACCGGUGGCGAUAUCCCCGCAAGAAAAUGGCGAAGAAAGUCUCCGCGAAACAAGGAAAGGACUUCUUCGACACUCGAAGUGGUCGAGUUCUUGCAGACUUGAAUUUCGCCGAACGGAGUUCCGUUAAUGCUAAGACCGAAAUUGGCUUCAUCCGCGAAGCUUUCCCGUUCCGAAGUAAAGAUGACAUAACUUUGGUUCUGCAGUCCUGUGAUUACGACGUCGAAGCUGCUAUCGCCUGCUUUACCAACGGAGAAGCCGAUAACCUCUUAAAAGAGUGGAAUACCCAGGGAAAGAAGUCAAAAAGUGCCAGAAAGAAAAGGAACAGGAAAAAGCAGGCAAAAACAAAUGAUCCAGAAACAUCAGAUGUUGCUGUGAUAAAAGAGAACAAUGAGAAAGUUUCACAACUGAAUCAAAACAGCCUUGAAGAUGCACCAGUCACACCAGAAGAAAAUGGCAAAAAGCCAAUACAUGCUGAGUCAACCACUCUGAAAUGUGCUCCCCAAUCUUUGGACCCUCUGCUCCUUCAUCCACCUUCAUCAUCAUCAUGCUCUGAAGUCUCCCUUCCUUCCUCUAACUCUAACCAGCCUGCAGAUUCCUCACAAGGUACUCAGACCACCUUGAAGCAUACACCAGGUUCCUCUGGUCAGACCAACCACUCAAAUUUAAAGGUUGAGAGGUCAAUCUCUACUGGUCCUGAUGCUCUCAAGAAAACAGUAAAGGAUUUGCAACGCUCCAGUGUUUCACUUCCACGCUUUCAACUUCUCCUAGAGGAGGAAUGUGAAAAGUCCACUAAGUCAAUUUCUCAGAUAUUUCAAGAGUUACGGCAAUGUUUGAACAACAGGGAAGCUCAUCUUCUUGGUCAAAUGGCUGAAUUUAAAAAGCAGGCAGUUGAUUUGUUGGAACAGAGACAGGAAAAUGCAGCAGCAUUAAAACUUAAAUCUGACCGAGUAGGAGGGAUGCACGAGGUAGAAGUUACACAGUUAAGGAGUGAAAUAAAGAAUUUUGUCACGGAGCGUAAAAUUGAUGAGGAGCUUGCCAGAACUACUCGUUUUGUGGCAGACAAAGAUCAGCUGCUAUCAAUGAUUGCCAAUUUUGGUGAAGUUGUUCCUAUAAAGAGUUGUUACAGCCCUGUAACAUUAAACCCUCCAUCACUACCUAUGAAGAAAGUGGAGAGGAACAACAAUAAGAAAGCUGAAAAUGUUUCUUCACUCAAGCCACCACUGCCAUCAGCUCCUACAAAUGGCAGUGUACCUGUCACCACUUCUAGUGUGGAGGAGUCUCUAUGCUCACAAAAAACCCUCCAAGAAUUGGCUGAACUGAAUGCAAAACUUCAAGCUUCUCUGCGGCAACAAGGUAUGGCAUCACCCAGUGAAGAACCUAUGGAAGGACAAAAACAUGGAACACCUGACCAAAAGAACAACAGGUCCAAUUCAGCUUCACACAUAACAGGCAAACAGCAGACAUCACAAAAUCAGCAAAGAAGGAAAGACCAGAAUCACCAGCCUGAGAGGACUAGACAAAACCAGUCAGCUGUAGCAAGAGGUUCUGAACGAGAUAGGCAAUAUAAUAACCAAUAUAAUAGGAGUUCUAGAAGAUCUUAUCAACGGAGUGCAAGACAAAGAAGUCCUAGGUUUGAAAUUCCAAAUGACAAGACGGAGGGGUCAAAGAAUAAAGACACUCCCGCAGCUCAAAACACUGAUCUUGAUCAGCAAAAAGUAGAAGCUGAUGAAAGCUUGAAAUCCUCAGAGAGUAGUGAUAAAGCUGUCACACCACGACCUGAGUCUGUUAAGGGAGAUGUGCAGUCAGGAAACAGAAAUUCACGACCAAGAAACCAGAGAAUGAGAAGGGAAGAUGGGCCUCGCAGUAGGGACAGAAGAAGGGGUAGAAGAGAAGGGGCAGAGGGCCACAAGAGGAAUGGUCCAGGAGAGAAGCUUGAAAAUGGUCCCAUUAAAAAUGAUCCUGUUGAUAAAGGUUCACCUGACAAGGAGGAUACGAAAACAGCAGUCAAUGAAAAUAGGGAUCAUGAUUCAAAGAAGAGUACAAACCAGGAAAAUGGUUCUAUUGAAAAGACUGAUGAGGUCAAAAAGGAAACAUCUUUACCUGAGGGUCCUGUCGUGAAUGGAGCGGAAACACACGCAGACAGCAGUAGUAAUCAUUGUUUAAAUGGUGAGCCUGCCCAUGUUCCAGACAAAGAAGAAGAGAAGAACAAAGAGGCACUACCUCAAAGAAGAGAGAGGCCAUCAAGAAGAAGGGGCACACAGAGAGAUAAGAAAGAUGGGCCUAGCUCUGAGAAGCAGCUAAAUGGAACCAAAUCAGCUGAAAAUGGAACUGGGGAAGGUCAUGGCAAGGAAGAAGGCAUGGCUGAUAAUGAAAUCCAGAAACCAACAGAGAAUGUACAAAAGGAAAAAAAGGAAAUUAAAAGUGAGAAUCAAAGCACACAGGAACUUCAAAAGGACAUAGGUAAAUCUGGAGCACCGCGAGCGAAUGGUUAUAUACCCUUGAAAGAAGUUAAUGAGGUUAAUAUAGGUAGAUGACACUUCCAUUCAUACUGAAUGUUAUUAAAUUAUGCCUUUUAGAAGGUGAAUAACUUGAAAUAAAUUGAAUUAUUGUAUUAUUGCAAAUUGUUAAGGUAGGAGUUGUGUAGGUUAAUGUCAAAAUGCUGUGUUUAGUGUUGAACUUUAGUUUAAAUUAGCUGUUGGUUAGUUGCAAAUGCAAUGGUCCCCUUUCUCCAAGGGUACCUUUUGUUCUUACUGAUUUGACUUCUGUUAAAUUAUGUUCAAGGGAGAAUUUGAUCAGCAAAUAGAAUGUCAGUGUAUGAAUUUUCCUUUUUUCUUACUGCAAUCACAAAAGGAGUCUUGCAAAUAUGUUCCAUAGUCAGCGGAGAAAACUUGGGCCUCUGCUCUUAGCUCUUAGUUUUCUAUAAUGAAUUAAUAGACUUCAGUCGAAAAUAUAUAUAUAUUAAUCCUAAAAUUGGCUGCUUCUAUGGGAAUUUGACUAAAUCAUUAGUCCAACUUACAACAAUUAAAUUUACAGAGUUUUGACAAGGGGGAAUUAUUGCAUGUGCAAUGAUGUAGAAUCUAUACAGUCAAGAACCUAUAACUCAUGAAAUGUAGGAGCAACUUGUUUUGCAAAAAAAAAAAAAUGGGUAAAUUUUAGUUUGUUAUAACCCAUUCACACCAAAGCUUUAAAAUGUUUUAAAAUGUUUUGUUAAACAUGGUUUAAAUCUUUUUUCUUCAUAGAACCCGCUUAAACCGAUGUUAGUCGACUUCAAAUUAAGCACAUUGAAAACACAAGUUUGUGACUACUUGGAUCCUAUGGAAAGUUCAGAAUUCAGUUCUCUGUUUCUGAAUUCAUUCGGUCAAACCCAGUUAAACUAAACAUGUCUUGCUGGUGUGAA